CGUGCGUUACCCCUGACACGGUCACGUGUACUUCACGCCUUGAUGGCACGAACAGUUCACGACUAGUUCACGCACUUCACGAACAGUUUGCGCUUGGCACGAGCAGUUCACGACGAGUUUGCGAGUAGUUCACGACUAUUGCGCAACUAUUGCGCAACAGUGUCGCUCGCGUCAAUGCGGGGGUAUAUAAUAGCCACUUCUCGCCAUUCCACAACUUGCCAGCAAGCAGACAACAUGCCGAAGACGAAACAAAUAGGUGGAAGAGCAAAGCAGAGAAGGCCACAAGCCGACAGGCCAGAAAAUAUUGGAGCAGAUCCAGAGCCAGAGACCGCUGAGAGAGAUAAGUCCCUCCAGUCAUCCAUAUCAAGUGUCGAUGGCAUCCCUGAGACACAGCAGGAUACACUUGACACCCAGAGACAGCCAUCCAGUGAGGAAGAGGCUACCCGGCAGCAGAAGAAGCGGGUCCGGGUAUCCAAGAAGGAAAUCCCUGAGUACCGCUGGACAGAUGAGGGGGAGAGGGGGUUGGCUGACCUCAUCAAGGAAUACCCCCAGCUGUAUGACAAGAAGCAAAAGGAGUGGCUUAACGUGGCGACCAAGAACAGCCUGUGGAACCGAGUCGGAGAGCAGCUGAAUCCCCCUGCCACUGGUCCCCAAUGCAAGAAGCACUACGAGAACAUGCGCACCAGGGUGGGGAAGAUCUUGAAGAAGGAGAAGAAGAGUGGGGCAAGCCAGCCUGAGAGGAGUGCCCGUGACGACGAGAUCAUGGAGACUUGGAGUUUCUUAACACAGCACAUCGUUCGGGGAAAGACAGUCCCCAGUGAGCAGUUUGCUGUCCCCGAGUCAGCCACAGUGACGAGCAGCGACGAUGAGGAUAAUGAUGUCCAGUCUACAGGGUCCCAGAGCCAGGCAUUUACUACAACAGGCAAGGGCAAGGGGAAGCGGUCCAGGCCCACAACAACAGAGACAGCCACCACAACCGCCGUCACUACCACCACAUCGGGGGUCACCCACAUUGACCUCAGUGAAGCUGUCAGGCAGAUCCUCUCCAAAGCAGACUCCCAGGGCGCCAGCCACUCCUACACCGGCCACCAGAAGAUCGUCCAUGAUUUCGUGUGCCUGCUGGAAGGGCACAUGCAGGGCAUCCCGGAGGAAUCCUGGCACGAGUUCCAGAUUGACUGCCUCAACCUGGUCCACCGUUACAGGCAGCGGCGUCCGCUCUUCCAGCAAUCACAGCAACAACCACCCAUGAUCUGGCAAGGCCCACAGCAGCAGCAACCCUGGCAGCCCCUUCAGCAGCAGCAGUUCUGGCACCCCCCUCAACCGGCCACCUGGCAGGCACCGCCACAGCAGCAGCAGCAGCAGCAGCAACCUCCAGCAAGUCAGCCAGCACCUCAACCCUUGUUGCCGCCCCAGCCACCACUGGCCUCCCAGUCUUAAGGCCAGUCGUCCUGG